AAGUAUUAAAUAGGGCUUUAAACCGACUGAAUGGUAUGCCAGUCCCUCAAUGGAACGCAUAACGUAGAGUACAAUCCAGUAUGACAGGGGCUUUGUUCUACUACAUCCUGUUUGCCAUUUACAAGUUUUACCACAAUGGCAGUACGUGGCACUGUGAUUGCAUAUACCUCAAGAAGCACGAUGCACGGUAUAUACACGUAUCAACUACACCAAGACCAAAAUAUAUCGCAUUCAUAACAGGACGUGGUAGAGAUAUCGACUCACUCUACGGAAGGAAGCCUAAACUUGAUACUGCGGUAGAUCGAGCAAUAGUGAGCUUUACAGUUCACGGGAGUAAGUACAGUACCAAUGAAACUGGGCUACCACUGGUUGACAUAGGACCCGGAUCUGUGAACCUGUGCUAUACACCAUAUAGGUACAUUGGCGAACUAGGAGCACAGCCAAAUGAAACUAACCAAGGAGAGUUACCAAAGCAAAAGUCAUUUGGUGACGAAAUGACAUUGGAUAAAGGAUAUAAUCAUAAACUGAAAAGUACACAAAAAAGACCGAAAAUAAGAAUCAAAGGAACAGAAAUGAAGGAUCAAGCCAAACAGUUGGAGCAGUUCUAUGAAGAUACAAUGGCACUGGCAGAGUCUACGUCAGAAGAAGAUAGAGAGAAAUAUCAAUUUGUAAGGGAAAGCAUAGAUGAAAUGUACACGAAAGUGCCAAACAGAUUGCCUGGAGAAACAAGAGGACUUACCCACGAUGAGAUUAUAGAGUCAUUAAACGAACCACAAAAGGAAACGGAGGAUCCCUCAUCGCCACAAGAAUUGCUGGGAAUAUACCUUAAAUUGAUAAAGGCAGGACUACACGAAGUGGCACCGCUCUUUGGAGCACAAAGUAACAUGGACGAAAUGAAAGUAACUGAAAAAUGCCUCAAAGCCCUGAAAAAAGAAGAAUCAUGUGGAUACAAGUACCCGAUUACGGGUACACCAGAUGAAUUGUACAAUGACCCGAAUGUAUACAAAUCUUGGGGACGAACGCCACUGUAUCAUACCCAGCAUAUGGGAGCACCAAGUACUACCAAAGGAUUAGUUCAAGACGUACCAAGUACUAUAGAGGAUAGGAUACUAUCCAGUGAUAAACAAAAGGAUGCACAUGAACUUGAAUCUAGAUUAGAAUCCAUACGAGUAGAUAGGCUGCUGAGUAAUAUAGAUGGAGUGACCAGUGAGGUUACAUCCGACAUAAAGUCUGUCGUACUCAAUAUAGACAUGUCAAACAACCAGUGGGAGUUAGAGCUUAAAUCCAAGGAUAGACAACGGCAACUUGAGAUGUUGCUGGCACUGAACCCAUAUAACCCAUGGGACAAGUACAAGCAAAUGAAAAAGGCAGAGUCUAGUAUAAAGGAUACACUAGAAAUUAAAUAUAACAUAUCAGGUAACAAUGUAAAAUUGGGCUACGUAGUACCCGGGGAUCAGGAAUCACUAAAUAAGAUCCAGUCACAAACAGUGGAUCAUACGGAGUUUAUCAAGGGAUACCUGCACUACUACCUCAUGCUCCCAGAGGAUAUACAAACCUUGGAGUAUCUCAAUAAAGCGGAAUGCCUAGAAGAUGUACUCAAGCUAUUUGAUAUAUUUGACAAAAUUGAUAGAGAACCGCAACCAGAAAUAACAGGGAUAUUCGAUAGGUUCAUGAUGUUCCUAUUCCCAAACUCACAGGGGUUCCCAAAGUUUGAUAAGGACGCGCAGUUCCCAAGGAGUAUGGAUAAUAUGGGAAGUUUAAAGCACCGAUUUAACAUACUAAAUGCAGUAGUGGCAUUAGUAAGGUCACAAAAGUUAAUCAAAACAUACGCAUCAGAUAUAUUCAAGGAACAGCGAAUGAAAAAAAUGCUAGAAACGAUAGAACAUGGAUUAGAAUUGGAAAUACAAAGAUUGAAACUAGGUAUAACGGAUAUAAGCAUAGGAACCCACAGAAUGUGCCAUGUGGAUGAUGUGUUGCUAGCUACAGUCUCAGCAGCACUGUCAGCGUGGAAUGUACGAAAUGGCAUCCAGGGCAUAGUGGAUGCCAUUAUAGUACUCACACUGAAGUUAAUGACUGAAAUGAGGCCGAAGUACCUUAUAGCAACUGCUAUUAACCUGGAAUAUAUACACACGCUACCCAGGAAGGUAUUCUACAAGUUCAUACAAACUGUAGCAGCACAUAUAGAGCGCAUGGUUGAUAUUGAUCUGGGAAAUAUCGCAGUGAAACCCGAAAGUAAACCAUGGAUGGAUUUUGAAACUGCAGCAAGGACCCUAUCACUGCUCGCACAACAUCCACAGUGCCUCAACAAGGUAUUCAUGAACAAGUUCAUGCAGAUAUACAAAAGGGAUUAUCUUAAACUGAAAAUACCAAAACCGGGACAGGUACAAGUUUCACCGACGUUUCCACACGGAUACCAAAAUAUACUGCACUACGAACCGGGGCGUAUGCUAGAGCAGCUUACACAAGAAGGUAAGAUCGCGGCGUCACCAGAAGAUAGUGGUAACACUGCCGAGGAACCUAUACACCCAGAACUUAUAUACAAUUUAAGACAACCAUGGAGAGACCCGUUCCUUAACAAGGCUAAUAUAAAGACUAUAGAGACACAUUGUAAACAAAGUGAUGUAGACACCGAUAAAUGGGAAUAUGGAAGAACAACAGAAGAAAUGGAUGAUGAAGAAGAUCUAAUAUCAAUGCAGUGGGAAGAUUUAAUGUACCUGAAAAUGGAUAGACAAAUGAAAAUACAAGCUGUUAGGUCAAGGUACCACCACUAUAUCACCAGCCUCAUGAAAUGCCUGAGCUGGUGUGAUAUGACCAUGGAAUACCAAGAUCUUGUUAAGAAGCUACAAAUAGCAGUGCCACAAUUCAAACCACACUCAGCAACUGCAAUGGCAGUGUUACGAACAAUUAGACCAAAAACAGAAAUUGAACAUGAAAUGCUACUACAAGCAUACGAUAGUAUCAUACAAGCAAAGUGGGACCUAAAAGCUGAACAGUGGCUGGAUAUAAUGGAAGUGUACAAAGAAGCAACAUCUGGAAAUGAUAGGGAGGCACGACUACAGAUUAACCAGGGUUUUAUAUCUAGGAUGUACGAUCAGUUUGUAACCAUGAAAUCACCAAAACCAAGGAUACUGAAACAGGCAGUGACCUUGCUGAAACAUUUCAAUACUGGACUCAACAAAAAGCAACUAUGCCAUAUAUUCCAACAGAUAUUCCAUGAUAUCACGGAUUACUCAUAUAUACAGAUACAGGGACUCAAUGCAGAAGCACUGGAUUACCCACUGGAAACUUUGACAUUUGUACUCACAGUGGCAGCUGAACUAGGAGUGAGACACGAUGAAACAUGGGAAGUAUAUCUCAAGCUACUAAAUAUAUUCAAGCACACGCUCUCACUGGAGGAUAUUAACGAUAUAUUGCUGGCAAUUAAGAUGGCAAAGUACACUGGAGUCAAGAAUGUAGGAAACAUGCUCAUGAUGAGAGCAUGUAAUGCCAUUGAAGUUAUACCGAAUCUAUGCCAUAGGGUACUAAUAGAUAUCAUGCAAAAUGCACUGAGUAUUAAAGUUACACCCAUUAAGCUACUGAGGUGGUACCUCUAUCUACAGCUAUACGAUAUACCACAAAGUGAUAUGGAUAGGUUGUCAAUGGAUAUAGUAUCGGAUAACCCAAAAUAUGAAGUUGACUUCCGAGGAUGGAAGUUACCUAGACGUGUCAUGAAUCAGGAUGCAACACAAGAUAGCGAAAUAGUGCCAGUAUCCAUAAACGAAAACGAGGCAAUAGUACCACCAGAUGAAUUGAAAUACAGAAUGAAGUGCAUUUAUAAAGGACCUGGGCCAUAUACGGGAAAUAUGAAAAUUAAAGUCGAUGCAACACUACCAGAGGAUAUUGUCGAGAGCUUGAAAGAGAUUGUAGGGAAAGUGAUCAAUGAAUACCAGACGACACCAGAAGAUAUCAGGCUGUUUAAACUAGCAGGACUCAUGCAACAGAAUAACCAUAUUAUCGCAAAACAAACAGAUUACAUAGAAUAAAAGUAGGAGAGCACAACGAAAAUUAAGAUACUAUCGUAAUUUCUAGAUUUAAUUACAAUGGGACUAUAUACCCGCGCUUAAGGUUAGAUA